CAUCGCAUCCACAGCCAUCCGAGCGCCUCCGAGAGCAGGAGGUGCUGCGCUGGGCUGCAGGGCGCGCCCUCCAAAGGUCCCCAGCUCGACAUUGGGGGGCCACGGGCGACAGCAUGGACACCAAGCGCUGUUUCGCCAACCGCUUCGAUGACUACCAGGGCAGCCUGCUGGCGGGCCAGUGCGAGGAGGCAGUGGCGCCCUUGGUCACCUCUACCAUCGAACGCAUCCUUCAGGAGCUGCCCCCGCUGGGGGGCGGCGCUGAAGCCCGAGGGGCGACGGCGGCGGGCAGCAGCUGCCAGGGGGGUCUGUAUAGCGGCGUGGCCGGGGUGGCCUACAUGCUCUACCACGUCUCGCAGAGCCCGCUUUUCGCCGGGGCCCGAGAGCGCUACCUGCGCUCCGCCAAGCGCCUCAUCGACGCGUGCUCCCGCUCCGAAGAGUGGGGCGAGCCGGACGCUGACACCCGCGCCGCCUUCCUGCUCGGGGGCGCGGGCGUGCACGCGGUGGCCACGCUGGUGUACCACGCCCUGGGCCGCUCCGACUACGUGCAGCCCCUCAGCAAGUUCCGGGCUCUCUGCGCCGUCUGCGCGCCCGUCUCCUUCCUGGAGUGCGGCUCCGACGAGUUGUUCGUGGGCCGCGCCGGCUACCUGUGCGCCGCGCUGGUGCUCAAGCAGAAACUCGCCCAGGAGGUACUGACCCCAGCACAAAUUAAAUCAAUAUGCCAGGCAAUUCUGGACUCUGGGAAGCAGUACGCUCUGAAGAAGAGAAAACCAUUCCCCCUGAUGUAUUCUUACUAUGGAACUGAAUAUUUGGGGGCAGCUCAUGGCCUGUCAUCCAUUCUCCAGAUGCUUCUUUCUUACCACGAACAUCUCAAGCCUUCAGAUCGGGAGCUGGUGUGGCAGAGUGUGGACUUCCUCAUGGAACAGGAACAGAAUUGCAACUGGCCUCCUGAGCUCGGAGAGACCAUCGAGAGAGAGAACGAACUGGUCCACUGGUGCCAUGGUGCUCCAGGAAUUGCUUAUCUGUUUGCCAAAGCUUAUCUCGUUUCCAAGAAACCACAGUACCUGGACACAUGUAUCCGGUGUGGGGAGCUAACAUGGCAGAAAGGCCUGCUGAAGAAGGGGCCAGGAAUUUGCCACGGUGUAGCUGGCAGUGCCUAUGUUUUCCUUCUGCUGUACCGUCUUACAGGAAACUCCAAGUACAUCUACCGCGCCCAAAGGUUUGCUCAGUUCUUAUUCACUGAAGAAUUCAAAGCCGGUUCACGGGUCCUUGAAAGCAUAUACAGCUUGUACGAAGGCUUCUCUGGCACUGUUUGCUUUCUCAUUGAUUUGCUGCAGCCCAAUCAGGCUGAAUUCCCUCUCUUCAGUGUCUUUGUUUAAAAGGUUCCAUCUCCCAUUGCAGCCUGGCAGAAGUCCCCCUGAGAUUUCCUGAGCCGCCUCUAGGCAGUUUUCCUCCUAAUCCACAUCCAAUGGUAUCACCACCAUGAGCCUGCACAUGGCUGCCAGAGGAACGAGGUCCACCUGAUGAAGAAAGUGUGAUACCAGGCUAGAGAGGGAGCCUGCCAAAGAUGCCACAACUCAUCUAAACACCACAGAUUUAACGUUUCAGGGGAGAGAGGUGAAAACCCAGGAUCAGAGAGAAAAGUAAAAGAAAAAGAAUGUUUUUCAGUUUGUGACACCGAAGGCAAAAUGAACUGGAAAUGAUGGAGACAGAAUGCCAGCACUUUCCAACUGGAGAGCAAAUUGGACCAUCUGUGCAUCUCCACCCCUCAAUUUGGGAGUGAAGACAAUCUAAAUAAUCUAAAAAUAUAUCAAAUAAUUUUGCCCUGUUAAAAACUGUUAGCAGGGAUCAAGUGUCAGGAUGAAGGACAUGAAAAGGCACCCUUGAUUGUCCUAGGCCAUUUUUCUGAGUGGAGAUAUUUGCAUAUGUAUGUGGGUGGUUUUUUUUUUUUUAAAUCACUAUCCUGGGCACUUUAAAAACAUCAUAUCAUAACUUCUUUUAAAUACUGAAAUUUGAAGCUCCCGUAGGCCUUAGAAGAUCUCUUUCCCUAGUUUUGUUUUCUUUCCUAGAGCUCAGAAUAGUAAGAUUCAGGGCGGGAAGGAGUGUAGUUUUAGUGACAGCCUAAGCUUAGUAGCUUAGGGGUGUGGCGUGUUUAGCAUGCACAAGGCCCCAGUUCCAAGCCUAGCACUGCAAACAGAAAGGAAGACAGGAAAAUUCAUAUCUAGCAAAUAAGUGUUUUUAUCAUGUGUUUGUCUCAAUUUGAAGUGUGACCUGUAUAUUGUAUGUUAGUAAUUCUUCAAAUGCCUUUAUCUUUGUAAUCUCUAUGAAGCUAUUAGACUGUAAAAUAUGCUCUCUGUGAUAAUCAUUCAUCUAAAAAAUCAGGGUAACUACCACAAAGGUAAGUCAUUUCUGUAUUUCUUAGAAUACUGUGAAAGACAUGGAAUGAGGAAAGUAGAAGUCGUUAUAGAAAGAAUGUUGCUCCAUUUUAUCUGAUUAGAUUAAGAAUGGAACGAACUCCCUGGCUGGUCACCUUAUCUUGCACAACACAGGACAUGCUAGAGCUUGGCUAUCAUACCAGUUGAUUCUAGUUAUCAUAUGAAGUUUACUUCUGCUAUAAACACAAGUUAUAAAAAUUCAAGUCGAUAGUGGAUUGCUGAACACUAAUAGGAACAACUGCCACUUCAGUACACAGAGUAUGAGUUUACCACAGUCCUGGUAUUUAACCAUUGAAGUUCAAACAUCAUAUUAAGGAAACAGUUGUGCUGUAUAAGAUGUCAUUAUUUCAGUAGCCAUUAGAUAUUUGGAUAUGUAUAUAUACACAGGUACAUAUGUUUAUAUGUUACAUUUAUUACUGUAUAAACUGAAGCACUAUUUGAACCAUAGAUAGACUUUGGGAGGAGUUAGGUAAUACUUUGCUGCCUAGAAACAUUUGUGUGUGUGCUGGUUUGUGGAGCUGUAUGAACCAAUGGAUUUGUGUGGGUUUGUAUGAAUGUUGUAUGUGUGAUCCUAUUUUGGAAAAGAGGACCUCUUGUAUUCAUAAGAUUCUCAAAGAAUCUUACCAAAGAAAAGAACUGUCUUUUUAUAUUUUAUGACUCUUUGUACGUUUACAAGCACCAACACAAGCUGGGACAAAAUGAUUUUUGCAAAACAUGUACCAUGUUGGCUUAUGGUCCCAUUUUACACCCUCAGAUCUCAACAUAUAAAACUGGCUUUAAUUGCUCAUCUGUGAAAAUAAUGUUUGGAGUAAAACUUAAUUAGAUUCCAGUUCUUUCUUGAGGAGGGCAAGCACCUUUUGGAAAGCCUUGAGGAAGAUUCUGUGGCCAGAAUGUUCUCCUUUGAAAGGACCAGUGACAGCUGUCUCACCAUCUCAUUUAAAAUGCAUUGGCCAUGGGCCCCACAGGCUAAAGAUAACCAGCAGCCAGAAUUGGGCCUUUUUAUUAAAGGAAAACAUGCUUUUAUUGUGUCUGAGCAGCCACUCAGUGUGUAUUAGGUGAUCUCCCUAAAUAGAGCUAUGAGGGAGCAAAACAAGGAUUCAAAGUCUGCUUUCUCCUUUGAAGUUCAUGUGGUCAGUAUUCCAGCUAAGAAAUAUGUAAGCACCACAGUCCACAAAUGAUCCCUUCCCUCCAAGGUACCUCCUUUUAAACAUCUGCCCACUUCUUCCAUCAUUCAUUGUACAGACUGAGAAACCAAAGGACUAGGAAAUAACACAUAGAUCAGCUGCAUCUGUUAGAGUUCUAGGAGCUUUAGAAAAACUAGACCUACCUUUUUAAUAUGUAAUAGAGUGACUGUCUUUGUGCUGAUCGUUCUGAAAAGGUCACUAUUUUUGUAUAUCAUAUCUAAAAAAGGGUCAUGUUUGGGUGUGGUCUUUCUGAAGUACCACUUCAGUAAAUAUGAAACAAGGAUACACUUUUUGGGGGGCUAUUAAACCUAUCAUUGAAACUUUCCAUUUUCCUGAAAGAAAAGCACCAUUGGUUUGGGAGGGUCCUCUUCUAUCUUAUUUUUCCAAGAAAGGGAGGAAAGACGCAUAUUUUCAGCAGGAAAGUGAGUUAUGUAAUUUAUUUCAUUAUCAGUUUCA